GAGGGAAGAAGCUCUCCAAUUAGGGGUAAAAAGGAUCUCCAUGCCCAGGAUUGGGUGUGGACUGGACAAAUUGGUGUUUGAAGAGACCAAAGUGACGAGGGCUCUGGAGCCUCGGUUGACUCUUCCUUCAGACCAAGGUGUCACUGGGUAAGUCACCAUGAAACUGUGGGGAAAUUGGAGGGUUAUGGGGGGGGUUAUUCAUCAUAGCAGUGGCUGUAGUAUUAAUAGUAUAUGGCAUAAUGGAAAAAGACACUGAAGAUAACAAGCCCAAAAGAGAAAUAAAAGUAAAGACGGGACACCCGUUUGGGGUAAAAUUGGAACUGAUUAGGACCAAUGGUAAGGAUGCCAUCUGGGAAUUUGAUUUAUGCCAGGUAAUUAACUGUGGAAAAGAUGAGAUGUCUUACAGAGGUUAUGACAUCUACGGGUGUUUGUGGCCUACCACUGGAAGAAAUCCCAGUGGCCCCUGGUGUCAUGGGUGGACGGAUGUCAAUUGGUCGACCAGACCGGGAUUUGUGAAGCGCAUUUGGAAAAUGAGUAAGGAACAUAUUCAAUUUAAACUUGCAUUGUUUAGGGGACCCUCGAAUGUAUGGGGAACUAAUAGAGUAAAUAAAAUAAUGAUUAGGCUAAAAGAUGGGCAUUAUGCCAGAACCUCAUACAUAACCAUAGGGGUAGAUGUGACUGGCACAGACCCCAUGGGCCUUAUCGCCAUUACCACCGUGGUAGCCCCAACUGUGCCAAUCAUUAGUAAUUUCUCCCAGUCAGGUAAUGCCAUUGCUUCUUCUGAUUAUACCAAAAUGACACCCCAUGACUUAUUAGUGAUGGCCACUGGAUAUAGUGAAGAUAAUUUGUGGUUAAAGUGGAUAGAAACCACAGCCAAAGAACAGGGCAUGGCUGAUUGUGUUGCAUGUGCCAGGGCCAGGCCCACCCUGUACACUGAACCAGCUCCGUUAUUCCCAGAAGACACCUGGGGUUAUGGUUGUAUGCUGGGACUUACCAAACGGGCCACCCCUUUUAAUUGUAGCACACUGGCUGCCCUGUUUCCUCCAUUAAGCAAUCAGUCUCGUAUAGGCCCAUUCACCCCGAGAGAGGGAAACUAUACAUGCUUCAAUCUAACCAGUACCAGAAAAUCACAGAUAUAUGUAGGACAGGUCCCUGACAGCUGGUGUAACACCACGGUGCAAACCCAGGGAGCCCUUGGCGAAUGGGCACGUGCUGGGCUAUACUAUUACUGUGGUGCUUCCGUACUAUUAGUAAGAGUGACCCCUGAUAUGGUUGGGGUGUGUGCCAUGACCAGACUGGCAGCCCCGUUAACCCUGAUAGGAAGUAGAGUUGUCAGGAUGACCCAUGUUACCCCAACCGAGUUAACAGCCCGCCGUAGGCGACAUGUUUUGCUCAAACGUUCAGCAUUUGACCCCACAAUUAACAGCCCAACAUAUGUAGACGCCAUUGGCAUCCCGAGGGGAGUGCCAGAUGAGCAUAAACUUGCUGACCAAGUGGCUACAGGAUUUGAGAAUAUCCCAGUGGUGUCAGCCCUAUUCCCUGUGACCCCUAAUAAGAAUGUAGAUAGAAUUAAUUAUGUGCAUUAUAAUGUCAUGCGGUUAUCCAAUUUAACUAGGGAUGCCGUAGAAGGUCUGGCUGAGCAGUUGGCACCCACCUCGCUGAUGGCAGUGCAGAAUAGGAUCGCACUGGAUAUGAUUUUAUCUGAAAAAGGGGGGGUGUGUUCAAUGAUUGGAGAAAUGUGUUGCACCUUUAUUCCUAACAACACUGCGCCAGAUGGUUCUGUAACCAGGGCAUUGAAUGGUUUGAAGGCACUGUCAAAAGAGAUGAAGGAGCACUCUGGGAUUGAUAAUCCAAUGGAUAGAUGGUUCAAUAGAAUGUUUGGGGGAUGGAAAGGGAUUAUAAUCUCCAUAAUUACCUCGUUGGGCAUUUUUCUUGCUGUUAUUGUCACCUGUGGGUGUUGUUGUAUACCAUGUAUUAGAUCUCUUUGUAAUAGGAUGAUUAUCACCGCAAUUGAGAAAAAGGAUCCCGAUCAUCCUCCAUCAUAUGCAAUGCCUCUUAUGGGCACGGAGGAGGAUCAAAUGGAAGACCUUGAGGAAAAUGUGUGAUCUCUGAUGGAGAUCAAGAGAGGGAAUGUUGGGUCUAUCCAUUUCAUAAGAGGUGUAUUUUUAUAAUUUCAGUAUCCUAGCAAUAUGUAUUUUAAUCAUGUACUUUCAGAGAAAAUAGAUGUGGACCGAAACUGAACAGUAGUUCCUCCUGGCAGGGUGGAAUUUACA